CUUGGAAAAGCACGUGUACUCGUGUGUGUCUGGAGGCUUGGGGAAACCGAAAUCGGAAUCAAACACAGCUGAGACGCAAUAUCGGUGGACCACAGACGCAGCAACGUCGAUUUUAUAUUUGGCCGCCGUUGUAACGUCAGGAUAGCACUGCAAUUCUGUACUGGCAUUUGGAAAUUGUUCAAACGAACGAAGCAGUCUGGUCUAGGAGGUGUCCUCUGAGAUGAGAUAAAGAGUGCCACAAAGGAGGAAUGAACAGAUCCUGAAAAAAGCCUUACUUAUCAGUGGCUGUUUUUACGUUAUCUCUCACACUCUGUCACACUCCAUCUGCCUCUAUGACAAUAGCCAAGUCUGUUUCAUAACAACCAGUCGUGUCUGGUUUUCUGUGCUAAACAACAAUUUUUUUGAAGUUAACAUUUAUAUUUAACGUUUGCGCUGAUUUGAAGUGACAUUAAACUUUACUGGAGGCUACAAGCCACUUGUCCUCUUAAUUUGCCCUUGAAGGAACUAUAACAAUCGGACACAACAUGUUGAAGUUUGUGGAAUGAAUCUAUGAAGAAUUUUUGCAACAAAAUGAUUUCCCAUUGUGGUUCAGCCAGUCCAACCUAGAGAACUUUAUUCAACUUAAUCUAUUGUAAGGUGAAUCUCAUCACCUAGGCAACCAUUUAUUCUUACAGUAUUAUUAUGAAUGAUGAUAACUCUGACUCUGCCCCCAGCAAUGAAACUCAUAGAGGGGCAGAGAAAGAGACAGGGCUUUUUAGCCGAUCCUGCAGCAUGAGUGAAAGCUCUCCAUCAAAUCCGGAGAGUAGUGGAAGGGGUUCACCGGGAUGCGCAUCUGAUCCCAAGGGAUCCACAGGUGACAACCAAGGGACACAUUCUGAUGAUACAGAUGCACUAUCGAGUGGAAAUGACUCUGGGGAGAGGGAAAGUGAAGGAAGAAGGGAAAGAGGGAAUGGAUCCAGAGGGAGACAGUCAAACAGAAGUUAUCAAAGUUCUUCCAGUCAGAAUGGAAAGGACUCUGCUAUGUGCCUGGAGACUACAGAGAGCAACAAGAGCUCAAACUCCCAGAGUCUCUCUCCUCCCAGUAGCUCUCUGGCUUACAGUCUGUUGAGUGCCAGCUCUGAGCAGGAUCCGCAGUCCACCAGCGGCUGCAGCAGUAAUCAGUCGACUCGUGUCCAGACCCAGAAAGAGCUGAUGAGAGCCCUGAAUGAGCUGAAGAUCCGCCUGCCACCGGAGAGAUUGAUGAAGGGACGCUCCAGCACCCUUAACGCCCUCAAAUACGCCCUCAGCUGUGUCAAACAAGUUCGAGCCAAUCAGGAAUACUAUCACCAGUGGAAUGUUGAGGAGUGCCAAGGCUGUAGUUUGGAUCUCUCCACAUUCACCAUUGAUGAACUGGACAAUAUCACCUCUGAAUAUACUCUCAAAAAUACAGACACGUUCUCUAUGGCGGUAUCGUUCCUGUCUGGAAAGGUAGUGUACAUCUCACCGCAGGGCUCAUCACUUCUACGUGGUAAACCAGAGAAGCUGCACGGGGUGCUGUUCUCUGAGCUGCUGGCCCCUCAGGAUGUGAGCACCUUCUACAGCAGCACAGCGCCCUGCAAACUACCUUCAUGGGCCUCCUGCAUCGGCUCUGCCUCCCCUCCGGUGGACUGCACACAAGAAAAGUCAAUGUUUUGUCGUAUCAGUGGAGAUGUCUCAUCCAGUGGGGAAAUGAGGUACUACCCUUUCCGACUGACCCCCUACCUGCUCACACUCCGAGACUCAGACACUGCAUACCCCGAAUCGUGCUGUCUGCUCAUUGCUGAGAGAGUGCACUCAGGAUAUGAGGCUCCUCGCAUUCCUCCGGAUAAGAGGAUAUUUACUACAAGUCACACUCCUAGCUGUCUCUUUCAGGAGGUGGAUGAGCGGGCAGUUCCUCUGUUAGGGUACCUACCUCAGGACCUGGUGGGAACUCCUGUGCUGCUCCUCAUCCAUCCAGAUGACCGACAAAUUAUGGUGGCCAUCCAUAAGAAGAUUCUUCAGUUUGCAGGGCAGCCGUUCGAGCACUCCCCUUUGCGGAUGUGCACUCGCAAUGGAGAGUAUCUGACCAUGGACACCUCUUGGUCCUCCUUUAUCAACCCCUGGAGCCGGAAAGUGACCUUCAUAGUUGGCCGCCACAAAGUUCGAACCUCUCCGCUGAAUGAAGAUGUCUUUACACUGCCGAGUGGUCAGGAGGAGCGGGCCUUGACCCCAGACAUCGUUCAGCUCAGUGAGCAGAUUCACAGGCUCCUUGUUCAGCCUGUCCACAGUGGUGGCUCUCAGGGCUACGGCAGCCUGGCCAGCAAUGGAUCCCAUGAACUCCAGCCCAGUGCCACCUCCUCAUCAGACAGCAGUGGACCAGGUCUGGAGGAUCCCUCUCAGUUUCAUAAACCUAUGACUUUCCAGCAAAUCUGCAAAGAUGUUCACAUGGUGAAGACCAGUGGACAACAGGUCUUUAUUGAGUCCCGUAGCCGACCUCCUCCUAAAAAUCAUUCCACCACAGGUGCUUUGCAAGCCAGUGAUGCAGCAGAGCCAGGCUGCAGUCACUCCCAUAGUGCUGCUCCACCCUCAAAGUCCUCCGCACCCUCCCUACUUUUAAAGAAAGAGCAGCCAACCAACUUCUCUUAUCAGCAGAUCAACUGCUUGGAUAGCAUAAUAAGGUAUCUGGAGAGCUGUAACACCCCCAACACAGUGAAGCGGAAGUGUGGCUCCUCCUCCUGCACGGCUUCCUCCACAUCUGAUGAAGACAAACAGCAGGACACACAAGGCAACACUAUAGUUCCUCCGGUGUCUUUGGUAGAGGAGAGAGCUUUGUUGCCGCCACUGGCUAUGCACAGUAAAGCAGAAAGUGUUGCCUCUGUUACCUCCCAGUGCAGUUUCAGCAGCACCAUCGUUCAUGUGGGUGACAAGAAACCUCCCGAGUCAGAUAUUGUAAUGGAGGAUGCCCCUUCCACUCCAAAUACUACUCCUCCUACCACUCAAACCCAAGCUCCUUUCAUGGCCACAACCUUUCUGCCCCCUAUCCCAGCCCCUCAGUUUGAUAGGGAUGGAGGGAGAAGAGGAGGACCAGGAAGAGCCGGGACAGCUGGGGGAGCAGGAGGAGGAGAAAGGUUGGGUCUCACGAAAGAGGUCUUGUCUGCUCACACACAGCAAGAAGAGCAGAACUUUCUGUGCCGUUUCAGAGAUCUGAGUAAACUCAGAGUGUUUGACCCAACCUCAGCUUUCCGACGGCAGACAACAGUUCCCUUAGCGAAAGGUGUCCGCAGUUCACGUGACUACCCAGCUGCAGGCAGUAGUGGGCGUAGACGUGGCCGAGGAGGCAAGAGACUGAAGCACCAGGAGACUUCAGAGCAAGCUGGGUCUUUGAGCCUAGCAGGUCCUGUGAGAGGCCUCCUCCCCGGGGUUCCCACUCUAGACCGGCCCUCAAAUCCCUCCAUACCCCUGGGUCCCACAGCUAGCUCCUCUUCCUGGCCUACCUCAGGGUCACAAGCUAGUGUUCCUUCCAUCCCUUACCCACCUGGCGUACUUCCUCUGUAUCCUGUCUAUCCUCCCCUCUCCCACCCUGUCUCAGACCCCAACAUGCAGACAGGCCUACGCUUCCCCCUUCAGAACUUGCAGAUGGCACCUCCCAUGGUCCACCCAAUGAUGGCAUUUGUUCUGCCCAAUUACAUGUUCCCUCAGGCCAAUGUGGGCAUGCCUCAGCCCUUUUACAACCCAAACCUGGCUUUCCCAUUCCCCACUUCUAACAUGGGUUCCGCUGGUCCUUGUCAGACCCCGACCCCAGCACCACGUCCUCAUUCUCGCUCCAGCACCCCACAUUCUUACAGCCAAAGAGAGGCAGGGGCUGAGAGGGAAGAGGCAGAGUCGCCUCUCUUUCAUUCCAGAUGCUCCUCACCCUUAAAUCUGCUUCAACUGGAGGAGUCACCCAGCAACCGUUUUGAGGUGGCAUCAGCAUUGGCUUCAGGGCAGCAAGUCACAUCUCCUAUGGUGGUACAAGGAGGUGGGGCAGGGGGGCAGGCCUCCUCCAGUCAGAGAGGCUCAGCGGUGGACACAAAAGAGACUGAAAAUGGUGAAGCAAAUGAUUCAAAUCAAGAUGCCAUGUCCACCUCCAGUGAUCUGCUGGAUCUGCUGCUGCAGGAGGACUCUUGCUCGGGCACUGGCUCUGCCGGCUCUGGGUCAUCGGGCACAGGCUCCUCGGGGUUGGGCUCGGGAUCCUCUGGAUCAGGAUCCAAUGGCUGCAGCUCUUCAGGAAGUGGAACUCGAAGUAGUCAGAGCAGCAACACUAGCAAGUACUUUGGCAGUGUGGACUCAUCAGAGAACAGCCAUUCCCGCAAGCAGACAGCAGGGGGGGAUGGAGAGGCGCAGUUUAUAAAGUGUGUCCUACAAGACCCGAUCUGGCUGCUCAUGGCCAACACUGAUGAAAAGACUAUGAUGUCCUACCAGCUGCCUGUUCGAGACAGAGAUUCUGUAUUAAAAGAGGACCGUGCUGCUCUGCGAGCCAUGCAGAAGCAACAGCCUCGCUUCACUGAAGAGCAGAAGAGCGAGUUAAGUCAGGUUCACCCUUGGAUACGUACUGGACGUCUGCCUCGUGCUAUCAACAUUUCUGCAUGCAUGGACUGCAGGUCAUCUCCUUCUCUCCCAUCUGCGGCUCCCUUCGAUGUUGAGAUCCAUGAGAUGGAGUUCUGCAGUGUUUUGGAGGUGACGGAAGACAGCACCACUGCUGUGAAGCAAACCAAAGUAGACACAGUCAUAGACAAGAGUAAGGUAGAGGGGGAUGAUGACUCGUGCAAAGCCAAGGAGGUUAAGAAGAAUGGGACUAUUAUGACAUCACAAGUCAAUGACCAAGAAAUGAUGACUGAAGAACAGGAAAUUACCUCUCUUGUAGAGAUGAUACACUAAAGACAUAAGUUGCCAUCAGUCAGGUGGACACGUUGCUCAUAUCCUCAACUGAUGACGUAAUUUUUUUAUUCUUUAAAUUAUGCAGUUGUAAAUAUUUAUGUAGAUGAAUCCUUGUCAAUAAAUAUUAAGCCAGGAAGGCUGACAGACAAUGAAUGCAGAAUAUCCACUUCUUGGAAGGACUGUGACAUUAUCACUCUGAUGCGUAGUUACGGGACAUUUUGGAUUGUGCAGACAGGUUUCCAUUAGCUAUUGUGACUGCGGUGAACAAGGGGUGCUUGGCUUUAGACCACACUGGAUUGGACCUCAGAUGCCACUGCUCUAUUCCAGUUUUAGCGACCUACAUGAGCACAUUUUGUGGUGCACUUUAACUCAAUACCUACAUAUUUAAAAUAGAUUUUAUGUUGUUGGUGUUCUAGUGAACAAAACAGAUUCAAUGCCUCUGAGGAAUUUUUACAGUUGCAUACAAGCUUGUCAAAUUUGGAGUUUGACCAAAUGUACACACUAAAGCAUUUUUUAUUUUUAUUUUUCUUAAGCAUUCUGUAUAUUAUUAUUUGUUUAUACAUUAUCAGUGUAAAAGGAAUAUUUUUAUGUGACAUGUGUAAUUUGUUCAAAGCUUUUAUGGAUUCUGUAAAAUGAACAUUGCAACUGACAUCUCAAAGAGGCAGUCAGUAAUUAUUGGUCAAAACUAUUACAGUUUACUCACCACCAGUUCCAAUUUGGAAUUUUUGUUACUAUCACAACAGUAUCCAUGGCAACAUUGAACUUUCCAAGAGUAUUUGUAGCUAAGGCAUCUUUUUGUUGAGUAGCACUAAUUGAUGGAGAGGUGCAAUGGGCAUGACCAGAGAAAGCUUAAGAGAUGAUUCACCUAAAAAUGAAAAUACUGUCAUCAUUCCCUCACCCUCAUGUUGUCCCAACCCUGUGUGACUGACUUUCUUCCGUGGAACACAGAGUUGUUAUAGGCAAUGUGUUAUUCUUUUUUUCUAUACAAUGAAAGUGAAUGGUGGCUGAGGCUGUCAUUGUGUCAUUUUUUGUUAUAAUGCCUCCUACUCAUAGACGAAAGAAAGUCAUGUGGGUUUGAAACAACUUGAGGGUGAGUAAAUGAUGACAGAAAUGAAAUAUUUGGGUCAGUUCAGAUUUUUCUAUAAUUGUUGGUUAUUGGAGGUAUUUUCCUCCCUCCCUUGUUCUUUUUUUUAUUAUUAUUACUCUGCCAGUUAGUCAUGUGGCUACUAAUCAUCUUGGAAAAGUUUUAAGUAUUUUUGUGCAUUACUUUAUAUGAAAAAGAAUAAAAUGAAUAUGGU